AAGCAUUUGACCGUGUACCGCACGUGGAAUUGCAAAGGGCGUUAGUGAUCGCCGAGUGAGCUCACAUUUUAAGGUUGCACGCGGCGCCGGAGGGACUUCUCGCCUUUGCUGGGGGGAGUCGGGAGGCAGCCGUGCAACAGAUUUAGACUCCUAACUCUCGAAAGCGAUUUACGACUGCAAAGACCAGAAAAUACCAGGCAAAAAGGUCCCGUUGAUUUUGCCUAUCUAUAGGCCACUUUCGGGCUAAAAUACGGAGCAGCCAUUUUUAAAGGAUCGUUGGGCGGAAGUGAGAGCACACCUCUCGCUAGAGGACUCGAUGGUUUUGAUAACUGCUGAAGAAGAGAGUCAAGAGGAGGAGAUUAAAAUGCCAGAUAGAACCGAAUACUAUGACGAAGAGAGUGAAGAGGAGGAGAUUGAAAUGCCAGAUGGAUCCGAACACUAUGUAAAUCUUGAGUCCUUAUUAAGUGAAACCUUUGAGGGGAAGGGCUUUGAGAAGAUAGAUGAAAUGUUACAAGAGAGGGAUAUUUAUCCACCUCAGAAGUACAGCAAACUACUACUAAACCAACUGGACAGAGUUCUAAAAAAGGAAUUGGACAAAAAUGAGUUUCCAAAUGUUUCCUUGUUACUGAAGUGUAUUCAGAUGUACUGUAAAAGUGAUCCUCAAGAAAGUGUAAGCUUGCUUCUUCAGCAAGGAUUGAUAUCAAAGAUGGUCACUUGGUUUGAAAGGGCAAGAGAAUUUCUGAGCGUGAUAGAACCAAAAGAAAAUAGAUCCUUAGUACGUCUUGUUGAAGACUUCUUAGACACAGCAUUGGCCAUUGGCAAAAGCAAUGCUGAAGGGAAGAAGCAAUUGCUAGAAUCCUUCUUGCCAUAUAUGGGACAUCUGGCUACUGAGUCACAUGUGAACUGUGCUCUUCGUCAGGAGGCACUGAGGACAUUAAACACACUGUUGAACGAUGUAACACGAGAGGAAAAAAUUAAGUUGGCUGUGUCUGAAGAGAUGCGUUUGCUUACGAAAGAUCUCGCAAAAUCAAUUCUGGAUGUUGGUGACUAUGACAUACAGGUUGCUAUUGUGGAAGCCCUGUUCAGGAUCAUGCGGAAAAAGUGGCGAGACGAUCUUGUUCACAUUUGGUUUGAAGAUCAACACCUUGCUAAGGCUUUCAAAGAAAUCAAGGAUGGAGAUUUUGAGACAGAUUGUAGGAAUUUUCUUAAUGAGCUAAAUGAAAAACUUGGGGACAAAAGCAGAGUCUGUUCAAUUCCAUGUAAAGCUGCUCAGGCAGACAUGAAUGAGUUAAAGAAACCAGCUGAUGACAAAUUAGAGGAGUUCUGGAUUAACUUCAAUUUUGGAAGUGAGAGUGUGACCUUCUUCUUAGAAAGUUCAGAGAGUGCUCUUUGGGAUUCAGUGAGAUUACCAAAGGAAGACAUCAGCAGUUUCUAUGUGGAAGAGGAACAGGGAGAGAAGAUUCUUAAAAUGCUCAUGAAGAACUCUGCUUCAAUCAACAAAAAAGAAGCAACAAAUAUCAGAAUUCACUUUGAUAGCCAUUUUGACAUUUCAACUCCAGUUCGUAAAGCAUUGGGGGAGGAAAAAAUGAUGAUAAUGUUGGACACAGAUGAUAACUGCAGUAGAGAUCAGCCGCAGCAAAGUGGAAGAGAAAUAAGCAGCCAUGUGGAGGGGAGAGAAGAUGCUGCGAGUGCAGAUUCCUUAUCGCAGCUGAGUGAUCAGUCUGUUGUGAUAAUAAAAAUGAUUCCUCCUGCAGUUGCCACAGCCGCUAGAGACAGUCAACAGACAGAAAAGGAGCAGACUAGUCUUGGUCAAGCUUCCACUGAUGUAGCAGCAGUUACUAUAGAGUAUCCAACAAAUUCAUUGGACGUUCCUCAGCCGUUGAACAUAGCAACUAUGUCGAAAGCUUCUCCAUUGAAAGAAGAGGAUAUAACUAUUGUGCCAAGUGCGGAAGAAGAAUCUGAUCUCCAGGCUGUAGAAACACUCCUCUUGGAGGAUGAUGAUGUAGAGAAGGAAAUCGGAGCAGGGAAUACAAACAAACAAGUAACAGAAGCAAAGGAGGAUGCAUAUGAAUUUGAAAACUCAUCUGACUCUGUGGCCCACGAGAUGGUUUCUGAAAUGAAGCAAAAAGUAUUUGCCCAGAAGUCUUCUCUACACAGGAGUUCUGAAAAAAGAAAUGUGGAAUUGAACAAGUCUGAGAGAAGGCUGGGAAUGCCACCAAACCUCCCCUGCCAGGAGGAAAAUAAAACAGUAUUUGUGUGGCCCACCUUCUUUUUAAAGUCUUCCAAUUACAAGAACCAUCUCUUCUCGGAAAGUAACCGUGAAACUGCAAGCACUGGUACAAGCGAGAGAAGCUGGAUCCUUGACUCUCAAAAAAAAUCUCUGCCGAAACCUAAUGACUAUUCUCGGAAAAGGCUGAAGGUCAAAAGCAAUUUAAAAGUAUUGCCAUUGUCUUCUCCAAGUAGUGUCAGUGAUCAUCGUGCAAAGAAAGCUGGGAGCUCAGCGACGUACCGAGAAAAGACAAAAAGAAGAAUGCUACUAAGCACAGAGAUUCCUAACACUCCAACAGUACAACAAUCUGGUAUUGCUUCCUCCUCUUUGUCACAUGUUGGACUAAAUGGUUUGGAAAUUGCAGAUACCACUUUGCCAUUAAGUGAUGAUUCUUCAUCCGGUUACUCAGAUGCCAACAUAAGCAAGAAAUAUGAAGCUGCAUCUAGUACACUGCCUCUGGAGGAUAAAGUCUCCACACCUAAGCGAAAGUUCUCAGACUUGUCAGCCAGUCUUGUCAGUCUGACUAAGAAACAAUCAAAACUCACUGAGAGGAACCUAAGUAAUGAACAGUCUCCUAGCAUUCUUUUCGAGCCAAGAAAACUCUUUAAUUCCACAGAGUUAGAAGAAGAGACACAGAAAGAUCAUGAUGAAGAAGAAUUGGAGGCGGAUCUAUUUGUCUCCAAAAUCCUCACAGAAGACCCUGACGACUCAGGGUUCAUGGCUGUGUUUGAGAACUUCAUAGAUGAAUUGAAGCAGUCUUUUUGGUCUAGGUACAAGAAGUUGGAGAUUUGCACACACAAUAUUAUGUUGGCACCUGAACACAAUAUGUCUGCAUUAUUGAACUGGAUACAUCAGUGCCGGCUGAAUGAACUGGAAAACUUCCGCCAGAUUGUUGUCCAGCAGCUUGACAGCCUUGAGAAGAGAACUCACUUCCUCUUGAGCCUCGAGAAGGAUACAGUGGAAUUUUGGGCUAAACAAUCCACCAAACUGAACAGUAAACUGAAUGCUUUUUGCAGUCAACAAAAGCAGAGGAGAACCUCACUAUUCGCAGAUCCAGCAUCCGCGAUCAGGAUACUGUCUAUGGACUCAGUGCCAGAUGAAACCUGGAAUCUCAAGGAUACAGUUAAAAAUGAAAAUUGCUAAGCAAAUUCACAUACUGUACAUUAUAAAUCACAUUUCAGGUGUGAAUCUGGGAAACACAAGGACAAACUAAGGCUUCCAUUGACCUGGCAAGGCAAUAGUCCUUAAUCUAAUGUAUCAACAUGGCUUUAAUUAUUGUCUCUUCAGGUCUCUCUGUUGUGCCCGUUGCAUUGCUCCCAAAUUCAUGAAACAUUUAAAUCUUGUGAAAGUGAGUACUUGUGUUUAACUACUCUCGCUAGUCACCCAAGGUGACCAGGAAUUAUGUUCAAGCAAGAGAAACUUUUUGUAGGCAAGAGAAACUUCUUGUGUGUUAAAAAGCCAGCAAUGUUUGCAAGGCACGGCAAGUAAACAGCACCUAUCCUUACCCCCCA